AUGGACGCAAAUAAGGACGAAUCGAACAAGUGCUUUAAAAUGGCCAAAAUGGCAAUGUCCAGAGAGGACUACCAGAAGGCCCUAAAACUAGCAACGAAAGCGAAUAAUAUGUACCCAUGUGAAGAGUACAGAGCAUUUAUGGAAAAAUGCUCAGCGAAGCUUUCUCAGUCAAAUUCUGAUAGAGCAAGAGAUAGAUCCACUUCAUCUCAGUCAAACACGCGAAAUCGCAGAGAGUCAGCCUCGGGAGACACGAGUAGCAGAAACGCAACCGCAGAGCAGGAGAAUCUGUGCAGGAAAAUAGUUAAUUCGAAAGACUACUACGAAACCCUGCAAGUUGCAAAGAACUGUUCAGUAGAGGAGAUCAAGAAGAGCUACAAAAAGCUCGCUUUGAAGCUACACCCAGAUAAGAACCCAUCGCCUCUAGCUUCAGAAGCGUUUAAAAAGGUCUCGACGGCCUUCCAGUGCCUGACGAACCCGCAAGCAAGAGAAGAGUACGACCAGUACGGAGAACGGGCUCCGACAAUGAACCAGCGCAGAUACCAGCGAGAUUUUGUAACGCCAGAGCAGCUGUUCGAGGCGUUUUUCGGAAUGAACACAAGGUCUCCAGUGUUUACAUUCACAACAGCACGCAGAGACCAACAAGGGAACCGAGGGCGUCCCUCAUUGUAUCAGUUUGUGCCACUGCUAGUCCUCGUCGUGGUAAUGAUAGUGACCAACUUGUUCUCGUUCACGUCCCCAGUAUACGACUACGAAAAGAGCACAAAGUACGACAAGAGAAUGAUGACUUACGCAAACGGAGUUGUGUACUACGUCCAAGGAAGAAGCUUCGAGUACAACUACCCGUCGAAGUCAAUACAGAGGCUAAAACUGGAGUACGAAAUCGACUACAACUUCUUCCAGCACGACUGCGACACGAAGAAGAAGGAAAAUCAAAGAAAAAUUGUAUCAUACCUCUCGUCACUGAAAAAUCCUCCACCAGAGUUGUACGAGACGCCCAAGAGCUGUGAAAAACUAAACGGCCUGAGAAACGCAUACACGAAGCUGAUGCAAGCAAAAGAUGUAAGAUAUUACCUGUAA